CUCUCCCAUUUGUUUAGUAGACGAUCAAAUUCAUUAGUUCACUUACUAUUUGAUGGUUUAUUUUGGGACUCAGAGGGGGCUCCAAGUUUGUUCUAUGGUAAUUUGAGAACACCAUUCCUUUCGUAACUGCUAUAGUACCUGUAUUUUAUGUGUUGCAGUGAAUUAUACCUGAGCACAAUUCAACUCAAAGAAUGCCUUUUCCUGUUUUGGGGCGGGUACGUUAGAUCAUGUUAUAUUUUGUCUUUCUGCUCUAUCUAGGUGGUAUUUUAAUUUCAUUUCCGGAUUUGAUUUGGGUUUUCAGCUUUGAUUUGGUGCAUGGUUCAGUUCCACAACAUAACGUUCUUUGAGUUUUUUUUUGUAACUUUUUGGGAGGUAUAAAGGGGGCUGCUAUAUGAGUGGUAAAACUUUAUGAGAGCAGUCUCUUCAUGCAUAUACUGCCAUAGGGUAGAUCUGCCUAUAUAUUUCCUAUGUUAGUGGAUGUAUGAAAUUAUUUUGGAUAAUGCUUGUAAGUUUUUGCCUCGCUUUACGUUCUCGACUAGUAGGCAAUUUGAGAAAAUCCUCCUUUUGACUACCAUGGUAUAUGACGUGUGGAAAGAGAGCUUUAAACACGAGAUAGCUGAGCAUACUUUAAGAGAGUAAGCAUAUAUAUUAUAUACCUUGUACAAAAUAGCAUCUGCUAUGUGUGGGAUUCUUGCAUAUAAUAAGUGGUCAAUAUUAACAUGUGUUUUAGAGGAGUAUCUUGUUCUGAAACUAAUAAAUUAUCAACCGUAGCAAAUUUAGGGAUUAGGAGCCAAAGUCUCUUUCCAAAUUGUUUGUGAUUACUGUGCAAAACCGGAUGUCUAGAUAAGUAGCUUGGUUGACACCUAUGUUCUAAAAGUCGCUAGUUUCUAGUCGGGCAGUCGGGGAUUAAUCGGCGCUUAGAGAUUAGUCGCUUAGAGUAGAAGGAAACGUUAAAUAACAUCCAACCAGAGGAAACAGAGCCUACAUACACACAAUCUCACAACAAACAAAGCUUACAUACACAUAAUUUCACAACAAACAGAUCAAGAAAAAAGGCAGUGACUACAUACAGAGCACAAAGAGAGAGCAGUGAAGACGAGGUUUAGAUUUGAAUCGGUUAUACUAUAAAGUGUAUUAUGUAUAUCCUAUAUUUAAAAAACACUAAAACCCUAACAGUAAAUUACCACAACAUUAAACCCUUAGAUUUGCAAAAUUACGUAUUUAAACCCCCGAUUAAUCCUGCCCAGUUGCCUGGCCGAUUACUUGUGGACUAACCCCGCCGCCUAACUUAGCCCUUGGGUCGCUAGUUGGGCUGGCGGACCAGUAGUUACACAAUUCUUGGUUUGAGGGUAAGGAAUUGCACACUGGUUCGCAGUUUUAUGGUUUUGUGGAAAGCUCAUAGAAAAUUCGCACACUCCUUUUCCUCGGUUCACGGACUUUGUAAUGGUGCAACGAAUUCAGCAGCUGUCGACUAAUUAAGUGACAUGUAGCCAACCAGAACUGCCCUUUACGUGUACUAAUGCAAUCCCGCUCUGUUGUCAUUCAGUCCACGUCCCAUCUAACUAUUUUCUCUCUGUAGCAAAGUCAUUCCCAAGGUCACCCCCUUUAUUGUAUGCCUUCUACGUAUACAUAGCUGUCCGUGAAUUGAUUUUUUUAUCAUCUCUAUAUUUUGUAAAUUUUGCAUUCUGACAAUCUAUACAUAACAGCACAUCUAUAUUUUCGGUGGGAACAUAAAUUACAACAUGAAAUUCUAUGGCGUGAAUGCAUGCAGCAUGUUCAACUUACAUUGUAAAGAUAUUAGUUGACAUGUAUAUAUGCAUAAAAUGCUCUGAGACGUUUAUCUUACGGUUCUUCUAAAUAUCGACGCUCUCUCACCCGCAUUUGCCGGCGAUUGCGGAUUAUGUGACUUAGGGCGGACCAACGCCUAGUGCCGAGGCCGAUUUUUAGAACACUGUUUGACAUGGCAUUGCUUAUGUGAUCCUGGAGGAUUGAGCAGAAGGAUGCAAAUCUUACUCGCUUCGGUCUUCAGUGGGGAGUUUAAGACCUUGUCACUGUUAAGGGAGUGUCUUUACGGAUUCCUAUUCUUGAAGGGCUGACUAAUUGGAGGAACCUCUUGUCUGUUUUUUAAUCUGAAUUUCCUACUUGUUUUUUUUUUUUUUUGUAAAUGGAGAAAUCGAAUUUCUAACUCUGUUUAAUCAUUAUGCUUUCACUCCCCUUGCGUGAGUCUUUGUAUGUGUUUUUUUAACACUCUCUUCCCUUUAGAAUAUUGUUUUGAAAAACCAUAAACCAUAAAGUAGUAAAAGGAUUUAUAACAAACACUGUAAGAUGCCUAAUUGGCAAGUAUUUAUGAUUCUGUAAUCUGAAUUAUAUCCUCGUAUUGGUAGAGCAAGCUGUAAUGUACAUUAGGAAGUUGUUUGUCUGCUUAAUUAGUUGUAUAGAAGAUCCUUGUUCUGACUUGUUCAGUCAGUGAACCGACGGACCAUGGCAAUUUUCAAACUUUAGUCUGUUUCACAUAGAUGAUGUGAUUCAGUCUUUUUUCUCAUUUGUACUUUCUCUAUCCCACACAGGAACACACAGAAUAGAGCAAUGCUGCAGACACAUAUAAAAGUGCAUAGAUCAGAGUAUCAGAUUUGUUUCCCGAACUGUCCUAUAUGCUUGGGUCUCACACAGUAGAUGUGGGGCUCAACACCAGACGAUCCCGAACACUGUGUCCGCAUCUGUGCACGUUGAUCUGUGUCUGUGAUGUUUUUGCACAAAAUAUUGCAGUAGAAGAAAGGUUAAAGAAGAGGGCAAAUCAGAUGUCCACACAUGUAUCUAGUUGGAUCCUUGCAUGUCUUGCUCAAUGCUUGUGCCUUUAUUUUUGCUCUUAGUUUCAUAAACUUUGGGAUACACCUUUUAGAACAUCAGUAUCAUGCGUGGUAAACGAUCAUUUUAGACAUAUUGGUGAUCAAAAUCUGGAAAUCGUUGCUCUACCAGUCUCGCUUAUCCCUAUCUAUUCUUUUAAAAAAGCUACAAGAACUCGUCAAUUGUCCUUGUCCCCGAGUGACUGUUCAAGAGCUAUUCAUUUUUUGGGUAUAUUUUAGCUUGACUUUUUCGACUCAUUUGUCCAAUGAAGCAUGGAUGCCAAUAUGAGAUACGGAUUCGAUACAAUACGGAAACGGCGAAGCGAUAAAAUCUGGAAAAUAGGAUACGGGGUCCGGCUAGGAUACACUAGAAUAAUUUUAUAUUAAUAUAUUUCCAAUAAUCACAAGAACGGUGGUAGACCGUUCUAUUUUUCUUAUGUUGUUUUCAAGUUUAUUUGGUUACUCAUUGAAAAUUUUUACAACCUAAAAGUUAUAAACGACACGUACACAUACAUAAACCACAAAUACGACACAAUAAGAAUAUUUUGAAAAUUAUUUACUUUUCUCUAUUCCUAACAAUUUUAUUCAAACACUAUCCCAGAUACGUAUCUCAAACUUUUGUAUUUGUGAAGUAUUGGAUACUCUAUGAAACCAAAGUUGCGACACUUCUGGCAGUAUCGGGCGAGUAUCGGUAUCCAAUACGGAUAUGAUACAGAAACAACUACCCAUUAGAAGUAUCCGUGCUUCAUAGCAUUUCUUUUAAACCAUCUGUGUAGAAACAUUAAAGUAUAGCGAAAGAAGAAUAAGAAUACAAUUUUUACUAAAGUACAAUUAGAAGAGUGUGUUUGAUGUAGCAUUUAAAAAAGUGAUUGGCUGACAUAAAAAUAUGACUUCUAAACCAUAGUUUGACUAAAAAUAUGUUAAGACUGAUGUGGACGCUCUUAAUAGAUUAAUGUCAGUCCAAGGUAAAUUAAGGAACCGACAACUAUGAACUAGCUAAAAUUCUAUAUAUAGUAGGAGUAGAAGGGAGUUGGGAUUCAAUGUGGCAGUUCUGAAAAUAUGAAUUUCAGGAAUAUGGAAGAGUUCUGGGCUUUCUAUGUGAACCAGCACUCAAAGCCAGCAACAAAUCGUUGGCAUUUUACUGGCAUUCUAGCUAGUAUUCUCUGCUUGAUCUACUCCUUAUGCUUCAAUUGGUGGUGUGUGUUUCUUGUGCCUUUAGUUGGCUAUGGAAGUGCUUGGUACAGUCACUUCUUCAUUGAAGGGAAUGUUCCGGCCACGUUCGGGCAUAUCCCUUCUGGUGGUUUGAUGCUUACUGGGCAAAUGGACAAAGAACUCAAGAGGCUUGGUGAGAGGCCUAGCUGA